UUCAACCAGCAGAGUGUGCCUGUGAGAGGGCUGCAAAGCUCCGCCAAACCAGAAUCAGCCGGUAUCGGAGGAAUGAGGGAGCGUGGAGAACCGAAAUCGUGGGGAAUGGAGACAAGGCGCUGCCGAAGACGAGCUGCCUCGCCUGGGAGAGGCCCAAGACCGGUGCCAGACUUCAACGGAAAAUAAGUUCUGCGGCGGGGAGCAAGGCCGGGGCCGAGCGGAGGCGGAGGACACGGGCGCAGGUGGACAGCGGAUCCCGCAGCUACACCUGGCAUACGUAGCGGCUCCGCCGCUUUGUCUGGCAGCGGGGACGCGGCGCCUGGCGGGGUCCGGCGCGGUUUCCUUUUCUUUAUUCCAAGCUUCAUCAGCUUGAACACAAAGACACACAAUCUUACUGGGACACUAGAAGGCAAUACAGAGAAAGAAUACAUUGAGACCAGUCUGUUUUUGUGACCAGUCAACCCAUGAAGAGUGAGUGCUUGAAGCCACCAACAAAAUACUGUGGAGAAGAUGUAUGCUAGUCACGAGGAUAUUGGAUAUGAUUUUGGAGAUGACUCAAAAGUUGGAACUAAACCAGUUAAGCCCAAUCCAAACAUUGAUGGAGGAUGGGCUUGGAUGAUUGUAUUUUCCUCCUUUCUUGUGCACAUACUUAUCAUGGGGUCCCAAAUGGCCCUUGGAAUACUCAACAUGGAAUGGCUUGAAGAGUUUAAUCAAAGUCGUGGCUUAACAGCAUGGGUUAGCUCCCUCAGCAUGGGCAUUACACUUAUUGUAGGUCCUUUCAUUGGUUUAUUCAUCGGCAUGUGUGGGUGCCGCAGAACAGCUAUAAUGGGAGGGAUGCUGAAUUCCCUAGGGUGGAUACUGAGUGCCUAUGCCUCAGAUGUGCACUACCUCUUCCUUACGUUUGGAGUAACAGCCGGCAUUGGAAGUGGCAUGGUUUAUCUGCCUGCGGUGGUCAUGGUGGGGCAGUACUUUCAGAAGAGAAGAGCACUUGCACAAGGACUUAGCACCACAGGAACUGGGUUUGGAGCUUUCUUAAUGACUGCCUUAAUGAAGUACCUCUGUAUUGAAUUUGGGUGGAGAAACACCAUGUUCAUCCAGGGUGCCAUCUCUUUGAAUCUUUGCGUGUGUGCGGCACUUAUGAGACCACUCUCUCCCAAAGACAUUGUUAGUGAAAAAUACGUUCUAAGAAGUAAUAGUGAAGGUAACCAUGAGAAAGCUCUGUCACAUUCUGCAGAGACUAUACAAUCUAGAGGAGUCCUUAGUGAAGAACUGGAAAAAAAGGACACAGCAAAUGAAGAAGUGCUUGACAGUGUGCAACAGGCAGAGAUUGGAAGUAAAUCUCAAAGCGAAAGGAGUUUGUAUGGACUGCGCAUUCUUAAGACAGUGAGCCAAAUGAUGGUUACAGUCAGGAUGGGCUUUGCCAUAUGGUACUCCAGCUACUUUGGAGCUGCAUCACUCUUUACCAAUAGAGUGUUUGUGGCCUUUAUAAUUUGGGCUUUGUUUGCCUAUAGCAGCUUUGUCAUCCCCUUUAUUCAUCUACCAGAAAUAGUCAAGCAGUACAACCUACCUAGUCAGAAUAAUAUAUUUCCUUUGACAUCCAUCAUAGCCAUUGUUCAUAUUUUUGGUAAAGUGAUCCUUGGAAUAAUCUCUGAUCUCCCAUGCAUCAGUACAUGGAAUGUCUUCCUUAUGGCUAAUUUUACUCUGGUCACUUGCAUUCUUACUUUGCCACUAAUGCAAACAUAUGUUAGCUUGGCUGUGGUUUGUGCUCUGAUCGGAUUUUCUAGUGGCUAUUUUUCACUAAUGCCUGUUGUGACUGAAGAUUUAGUUGGAACUAAACACCUUGCAAAUGCCUAUGGCAUCAUCAUUUGUGCCAAUGGAAUAUCUGCAUUGUUUGGACCACCCUUUGCAGGUUGGAUCUAUGACAUCACACAGAAAUAUGACUUUUCUUUUUACAUAUCUGGCUUGCUAUACAUGGUGGGAAUAAUAUUUUUACUUAUACAACCUUGCAUUCAAAAGAAAGAAACGAGAGAAAAGCCUGCAGAAGGAGCAGAAGUGUAGAACAAAUUCCAGAAGUAUUUUUACAGAGUUUGUUUUGGUUUCAUGUUUCUAUUGUAUGACACUAUGAAGCUGUUCUUCUUAUGGAACCAACUGCAUUGAGCUGUACUUGAAGUGAAAAGCAAAUGUGCUCCAAAACACCAAUAAAUGAUUAGAAAUAUGGUUUUUAAUUGACUGAAGAUCUUUUACUUUAGAGCUACCAAAUACAGUGAUUAAAAGCACCCUGCUAGUCUUUUUAAAAUGGAAUGACACCAGGAGCCUUUACCCUUGCUUCUCUUUUCAGCACUGCCCAUUAGUGAAAUUCCAUUGCCUGCAAUAGAGUUACUCCUGAUUUCCACAAGUCCUACAUGAGAAUCUGAUCUGGAGAUGAAUGAUUUAUAGAAAUGUUUCCUACUGUGUAUUCUGUCUAAUAAAAGAUUAAUUACUGAC